GGUGCGAGGCGGGCACUCGGUGCGUCCCCGGAGCGGGGAGGCCACAGGCCGGGCAGCCCUGGGGCCGGUCGGGGCGGCGUCACCGCACCCUCCGCCAGGCCCCGCGGGAUGCACCGUGGGAGCCGAGGGCGGAGGCGACACUCUCAGAUGACUGCAAAGGCUGGGGCUGGGCCAGACUGAAGCCAGAAGCCUGGAACUUCCUCAGGUCUCCCAUGUGGGUGCAGGGGCCCAAGCACUUGAGCCACCUUCAGCUGCUUUCCCAGGGGCAUUAGUGGGAAGCUGGUUUGGAAGUGGAGCAGCUGGGUCUCGAACAGGUAACUGGGCAGGAUGAGGAGCAGCAGAUCAAAAGAGGUGCCUUUACCAAAUCCAAGAAACUCUCAAAGCAAGGAUACUGUUCAAGACAUAACCACGUCGUGGGAUGCACUUUCUCAGUCCAAGGCUACUCUGAGACACAUUGAAAACAAAUUGGAAGUAGCCCCCACCAGUACAGCUGUGUUUGAUUCUGUCAUGGAUGCCAAGAAGUUUUCUGCAAGUGGUACCCGAAAAAUAAGUAGAAAAGAUGGUAGAUGCCUGGACGAUUCCUGGGUUAAUGCUCCAACUGCCAAGUCCUCUAAAUCACGAAAAGAGAAAUCCCGUCGUCCUCUCAGAGCUACCACCCUGGAGAGUAACGUGAAGAAAAACAAUCGUGUAGAAUUUCGUGACCCUUUGGUUUCCUACAGGGAAAUCCAUGGUGCACCUUCCAGUUUAAGUCCCAGCUAUCUGGACUCAAAACCUGUAUAUUGUGUAGAUGUUAAUGAAGAAAAGGCUGAGAGUGGGAACCGGAUGCUAAGCAGUCGAGAAGAACAGAAUAUGCAUUGCUGUGAUUUUGACAGCUCUCAAUCCUUCGUUACGAAUGAUACAGUUGUUAGGUUUUUAAAUGAUCGACCUGCAAUUGAUGCAUUACAAAGUUCUGAAUGUUUGAUUAAGAUGGGACCUCCUCUGAGAAUUGAAGAAGAAAUGCCCAACAGAGCAAAACUAAACGAGAACAAUUUGAAGCCUUCCAUGAAUAACAUGGGCCAAGAUAUUGAUCCAAAAGUGUUAAGGCUGACUGACUCUUCUCCAUCCUCUGCUAGUACUUCCAGUUCCCAAAGAUUAGACAUUUUAAAGAGGCGGCAACAUGACAUCAAACUGGAAAAACUCAAGGAGCGGAUUAGGAAGCAGUGGGAACAUUCAGAAGAAAUAAACGGCCGGGGCCAGAAUCUGGGUCAUAUUGACCAUCCGGUAAUGGUUGUCAGUGUUGAUAACUCAGUGACAGCAAAGGUCAGGAAAGUGGCAACAGCACCACCUGCUCCCACGUACAAAGGUUUCAACCCUUCAGAGACCAGGAUUCGAACACCUGAUGGGAAAGUGUGGCAGGAGGCUGAGUUUCAAAACAUGAGUAGAGAACUGUAUCGAGACUUAGCACUUCACUUUGCAGAUGAUAUUUCUAUAAAAGAGAAACCUGCUGAAAAAAGCAAAGAGAAGAAAGUAGUAAAGCCAGUACGUAAAGUCCAAAAGGUAACACAGUUACACAGUCCGGAGGGCAAAACAGGUAGUAGUCGUUUGAUAAGUACAUCUUCUUGGCGAGAUGGACAAAAAUUAGUAAAGAAGAUUUUGGGACCUGCACCCAGAAUGGAACAGAAAGAGCGAAGAACAGCAUCAAGUGACAGAAGUGGAAGAGAAAGAAGUGCUAAACCUGGGGGUCAUAUUGGAAAAGCCGAAUCUGAUUCCAAGUUGGAUGUGUCACAGAGACAUCUUCCCCGAAGCUCAGAACGUUCCAGAAGUAGGACUCGAUCUGAAAAUAAUAUAAAGAAAUUAGCUCCGUCUCUUCCAGAUAAUAAACAGGAGGAAAACACUGCCUUAAAUAAGGACUUCUUACCUGUUGAGAUUCGUGGCAUUCUUGAUGACCUACAGUUGGAUUCCGCGGUCCAGACGGCAAGGCAGGAGGCCGGGGAGUUACAGAAUCAGAAGUCAUCAGCGCCAGUACCAGUUCCCAGAAGUCAUAGCCCAGUAAAAAGAAAACCCGACAAAAUAACAGCUAACGAAGACCCCCCUGUUAUUUCCAAAAAGCGCCACUAUGACACGGAUGAAGUACGACAGUACAUUGUUCGCCAGCAGGAGGAAAGGAAGAGGAAGCAAAAUGAAGAGAAAAAGGCUCAAAAGGAGGCUACUGAACAGAAGAACAAACGCUUGCAGGAGCUCUAUCGGAAACAGAAGGAGGCCUUCGCUAAAGCACGAGCCGUGCCUCCUGCUGACCCAGCAGCGAGCAGGCGGCUGCAGGAGACUUACUCCAAAUUGCUGCUCGAAAAGACCUUGCUUGAAGAGGCGUCCCAUCAGCACGUCACCCAGGAAGCACAGGCCAGACCAGGGUAUCAGCCUUCCGGAGAAUCUGAUAAAGAAAACAAAGUACAGGAACGUCCCCCAAGUGCGUCCUCCAGCAGUGACAUGUCUCUGUCGGAACCUCCACAACCUCUUGCACGAAGGGACUUGAUGGAGCCUACAUGGAUGCAGCCCGACAGGUUGAGCCCACGAGUUCAUUCUCAGCCACAGCCUCUUGUUGGAACAGCUGGAAACCUACUAUCCCAUCUUUUGAGUCUAGAGCAUGUAGGAAUUUUGCACAAGGACUUUGAAUCUGUUUUACCAACUAGGAAAAAUCAUAAUAUGGUUUCAGGGCCAUUAACUUACACACCUCAACCGUAUCUGCCCUCACCAGCUGCGCAUUCCGAUGCCUUGUUAAAACCUAGUGCCAGCCAGUAUAAGAGUAAACUGGAUCGCAUUGAAGCCUUGAAAGCAACAGCUGCUUCCUUGUCUAGCAGGAUUGAAAGUGAAGCCAAGAAAUUAGCUGGAGCCCACAUUAAUUAUGGGUCAGUGUGGAACACUGAAUAUCGCGUGCAGGACGCUCCUCAAGAGGACGGGCCGUGGAGCAAAGCUGCAAGCCCCCCUGUGAAAGAAGAGACCGAAGACGUCUUCUCUGCACGAAUCCAAAAGAUGCUGGGGACCUGUGUGUCUCAUGCAGCUUUGGAUGACGAUCUUCCUGGGGUAGGCAGCCUUAGUGAAUUUAAAAAGCUUCCUGAGAUGAUAAGACCUCAGAGUGCCAUAACAAGCCUCAGAAUGAGAUCCCCUGGUCCCAGACCCGGAGGGCUCCUGGCGCAGUUGUGUAAGAGACAGACUGACUCUUCGAGCUCCGACAUGCAGCCCUGUUCUCAAGACAAGGCCAAAAUGUCUCUCGGUUCCAGCACAGAUUCUGUCAGUGAGGGGCCUCUUCUUAGUGAGGGGAGUCUCUCCGAAGAAGAGGGCGGCCAGGAUGGACAGCGCCUUUUAAAGGCUUCUGGUAUCUUGAAAGAAAAGGAAUUUUGUGCUGGAGAAAGAAAUACUUACGAACCUAUCAAAGAGUUUCAGAAGGAAGCUGAAAAAUUCCUGCCACUUCUGGGCCACAUAGGUAGCACACAAAGCAAAGGACCGUGGGAAGAAUUGGCUAAAGGAAGUCCGCAUAGUGUUAUUAAUAUUUUUACAAAAUCCUAUCAGUUAUAUGGAAAAGGAUUUGAAGACAGGUUGGACAGAGGACCAUCAGCCUCACGGCCCCUUAGCGGUGCUUCCUAUGAAGAUGAUUUUGUCUCCUCUCCAGGGAGUGGGACUUUGACUGAAAGGAAAUCAACUCUUGAACUCAAUGCUGGUGGGAGCAGUUUGGGCAUCCAGGAGGACCGUGCCAGCAGGAAGUCUGCCUGUGAUCUCUCCUCCGUGGACGCUACCUCUCAGCAUUCCUCAGAAGCCCAUUCUGCCGCGUCGUCUCACUCUUCUGCUUCUUCCAAAGGAAAGAGGGGGCGAAAGGGGAAAACAGAAUGGUUGAAUUCAUUCACUGGAAGUGUUCAGAACUCACUUCUUGAUGAGGAGAAAGUGCCGUCCGGCUCAGAACGUGGCUCUCAUCAAGGCAGGAAAUCUGGGACCAGCAGCAAGCUCUCCCUCAAGGACUGUGAGCAGACCGUGGACACGGAGAGCACUUUGGAGGAGCUUUCUGGGCACUCUCUGAGUGUCUCAUCAGACAGAGGAAGAUCUCCGAAAACUCCAACUUCUCCCCUUUCUCCAAGUUCCCAGAAACUGUUUGACCUUCCAGGAACUUCGCUGGAGAGAUCUAAAUCCUCGGUAGUGAUGCCUUCAGCUGCAGCAGGUUUUACGCCUAAUGCCGCUUUCGUGGAUACAAAUCUGGCUGCCAGCAAAAUAGCCACCGAGACGGCAUCAGCACCAGGUGCUAAGCGCUUUUCCCCUGCUGGCCUCCAGCACCGGAUGACAGCAGAGCUCAGUUAUCUGAGUGCCCUUGAGGAGUCUGUGCGUCAGCUGUCAGAUGUAGAGAGAGUUAGAGGCAUUUCACUUGCUCAGCAGGAGAGUGUGUCUCUGGCUCAGGUCAUAAAGGCACAACAGCAACGCCAUGAAAGAGACUUGGCCCUUUUGAAACUGAAGGCUGAACAAGAGGCUCUGGAGUGUCAGAGACAAUUAGAAGAAACCCGAAACAAAGCAGCUCAGGUCCAUGCAGAAUCACUACAGCAGGUGGUUAAGUCACAGCGUGAAGUAACGGAAGUCCUGCAGGAAGCAACGUGUAAAAUAGCAGCUCAGCAGACAGAGACGGCUCGCCUCACCACGGAUGCGGCGCGCCAGAUCUGUGAGAUGGCAGAGUUGACUCGAACCCAUAUCUCAGAUGCCAUCACUGGUCCAGGAGCUCCCCUUGCGACACUGUAUGAUCACCAGCGGCAGCACCUUCCAGAAUUCAUGAAACAUCUGAGGACCAGCGCUGAAACAGAUAGGGUCAGUCCGUCUGUUUCACUCUCCCAGAGUAGAGAAGGCACCCUUGACUCAAGGCAUCAGAAGUAUUCCCCUUCAUACGAUAGUUACUCUGAGUCGUCACGAUACAAGAAUCAUGAUCGAAGAAGCAGUAGUGGUAGCAGCCGUCAAGAAAGUCCAUCUUGCAAGGAAACUGAGAAGAAACUUCCAGGUGAAAAGCUGGAGAGUCUGGCGGAAGAGCAGGUUCCGACUGCUGUGGAUGACUCUCUGCGGAGCGAUAGUGUCCCUUCGCUUCCUGAUGAGAAAGAUUCAACUUCUAUUGCAACAGAAUAUUCCUUCAAAUUUGAUGAAUCCAUGACAGAAGAUGAAAUAGAAGAAAAAUCAUUUCGAUCUUUACUCCCUUCUGAGAGUCAUCGCAGAUUUAACAUGGAAAAGAAAAGAGGCCAUCAUGAUGACUCUGAUGAAGAAGCGUCCCCAGAAAAGCCCUCGCUGUCUUCUGCCAAGGAGCUGAGCAUGCCAUUCUCAGGAGGACAAGACAGCUUUUCCAAGUUUACCAUGGAGAUGGUUCGGCAGUACAUGAAAGAGGAGGAGAUGCGGGCAGCUCACCAGUCCUCACUUCUGCGGCUCCGAGAGAAGGCCCUGAAGGAGAAAACCAAGGCUGAGUUAGCCUGGCUGGAGCAUCAGAAAAAACAUCUGCGAGACAAGGGAGAGGAUGAUAAAAUGCCCCCGCUCCGGAAGAGGCAGCGCGGCUUGCUCCUCAGGUUGCAGCAGGAAAAGGCAGAAAUAAAACGUCUUCAAGAAGCCAAUAAGGCAGCUCGGAAGGAAAGACAGCUGAUUCUUAAACAGCAGGAGGAGAUAGAAAGGAUCCGACAGACCACUAUCAAACUGCAGGAGAGGCUGAAGUCUGCAGGGGAGAAUACACUGGACUCUCACAGUGAUGAUGAUAUGAAAGAUAAUAAAGCAGCUAGUCCUGGUCCAACUGACUUGGAGACCCGCAGUCCUUCUCCUAUUUCAAUCUCCAGCAGUGAAACCAGCAGCAUUAUGCAGAAGCUGAAGAAAAUGAGAAGCCGCAUGGAUGAAAAACACUGCUCUCCUGUUCACUACUUCUUCUCUGUCUUUACGUCUCAUCACUGGGCCUCUCUCAGUGUCUGUUUUCCCAACCUUCAUCCCAAAUUCCAGCUGUAUAUCUACAACCAGUUGGUCAGGUUUCUGACCAAGCGAGAGCAGAAACUAAUGCAGCGGCGACAGCAUGCAGAGGAGCUCCUGGAGUGGAAGCGGCGUUUAGAUGCCGAAGAGGCAGAAAUUCGUCAAAUGGAAAAACAAGCUUUGGCAGCCUGGGACAAAGAAUUAAUAAAACCCAAAACUCCUAAGAAGGAGCUGGAGGGCCAGCGAACAGAACAGAAAGAUUUAGUGAGUGAAGAGGAAUUCCCAGUACCUUCAUACUCUCACCAAAACAGUGAAAGCUCUAUUCCGGAAGAAUUAGGCAGUCCUGCUGUUGACUACAUCCCAUCUGAGUCUAUAGCACAGGAGCAGCCAGGGAGUCCCGACCAUAGCAUGCUUACGGAGGAAAUGGUUUUUUCACAGGAACUAGAGUCUUCUACCUCUCCUAGUAAACAUUCACCUCCCAAAAGCUGCUCAUCUGUGUCAAAGCAGGAUUCUAGCAAAGGGAGCCCUAGGCCUGGAGGACAGCAUCGCCUGCCAGUCAAGUCCCAUCAGCACUGUUACAGCUGGUCAGAUGAGUCGUUAUCCAUGACACAGUCAGAAACUACAUCUGACCAGAGUGACAUCGAAGGCAGGAUCAGGGCUCUGAAAGAUGAGCUGCGGAAAAGAAAAUCGGUUGUGGACCAGUUGAAGAAGGAGCAGAAGAAAAGACAAAAAGAAAGACUGAAAGCCCAAGAAGCCAGUCUGAUCAAACAACUAGAGUCAUAUGAUGAAUUCAUUAAGAAAACUGAGGCGGAGCUUAGCCGAGAUUUGGAGACAUCACCGACAGCCAAGCCUCAGAUUAAAGCGUUUUCUUCAGCUUCUGAGAAGCCCAAGAUCAAGCCCCUCCCACUACACAGGUCUGAAACAGCGAAGAGCUGGAAGUCACUUACAGAGGCAGAGCGCUCCAGAGGGUCCCUGGAGUCUAUUGCUCAGCACGUCGGUACUUCAUUGUCAAGUUCUGAGAGAUCAGUAUCAGAAAGGUCACUGCCUGCCUAUGCGAAGAGGGUGAUUGAAUUGGACAGUCGAACAGAAGAACGUUUGCAGACCCCAUCUCCUGUUCUCAGGUUGUCGAGAACAGCCGGAGCGGAAUCUGGAGAUUCUUUAGAAAAUGUACCUUCAUUACCUCUUCUUAGAGAAUUAAGUAUCCCUGGUGGAGUUCUUGAUGGGUCAAACGCCAAGACUGAAGAACUUAGUCAAAAACCAGAAACACGAAAACUAGAACAUGCGAAAUUGGAGGAGACUGGGAUUGAAGGUGACUGCUCUAAACCUUCAGAGAAGUCAGAUGUCUUACUGCAGCUGGACCUGGAACAGGGAGACGCAUCUGGAAGUCUCUCAAAUAAAGAUCUUCCUUUGGAUUCUGUAGAUGUUGAGAAAGAUUUAGUUAGAUUAGUCAUUGAAAAUCUUCAUACAAAAGAGGAAGUACUGAAAGAGAGACGGUCAGAUCAAGAUGUGGAUCGUGGUCCAGCCAUCCAGUCAGAAGACGUCCAUGGACAAAAGAACAGAGAGGAAAGGGGUCUGCCUUCAUCGCAGCAUCUUUUUACUCCUAAAGAGGCAUCAUACUCCGAAGAAAUUGAAGCAUCUUCUCUCAAAAGAGAAAUCUCAGCUGAAUUGUACAAAGACGACUUUGAGGGGUCAUCUCCGUCACUCAGCAAAGACUCCCAGGUUUGCAGAGAAAGGUCUCAGUCACCGGGGAGCUCCAGGCACAGAGCCGCCAGCUUUGGGAGUGAGGAUGAAGUCAGCGAGUGCCUCAGUGAGCAGAGCCUCUCCGUGCAUAGCAGCGCCCACUCUGAGAGGCUGCUGGAGCUCAGGUCCCCUCCUGAGCUCGUGGGAAGUCCGGAGCGCGGCGAUGCGGAGCGAGAGCGGGGAGCCGCUCCGUCGCCCGCCCCGGCCUCCGCUGCUGCCGCGGGGGAGUUACUGGAUUUCCACAUCGGUGACAGGGUGCUGAUCGGCAAUGUUCAGCCGGGGACUCUGCGAUUCAAGGGUGAGACUCGCUUUGCUAAAGGAUUUUGGGCUGGAGUGGAACUGGAUAAACCUGAAGGAAAUAACAAUGGAACCUAUGAUGGCAUUGUGUAUUUUGUAUGCAAAGAGAAGCAUGGCAUUUUUGCUCCUCCUCAAAAAAUAUCUCACAUUCUAGAAAACUUUGAUGACGACACAGACAUAAAUGAAGAUGACUGUUAUUCAGAUGAACAGUAUCAAUACUAUAAUCAGGAGCAGAAAGCCGCAGAGGGUCCACGAGACAGAGAAAAAGAUGCCGCUGAAUAUUUUUAUGAGGAAUCUCUCCCUAGUACGCAUGGUGUAGAAGCCUCAGUGGACAGAGAUAAAAGCCUUAAGAUAGAACUAGAUCCUAUACAGGAGGUUUCUGGGGUACUUGAAGGCCGUGUUCUCCAGCAGUCGUUAGUGGAUUCACUGGUUUCUUCCAAGGAAAACAAGGACCUUGUUUGUGGUGUCGCAGAAAAGGUUUCCACUGGUGUAGAAGAGGAAGCUUCAGACAGCACCUGCUCCGGAGAACUAAAGAAGCAGCAGCAGUUUACAGAGAAGGAAGAGAACCUAUGUUCUGAACCUCCAGAAAAGCUUUCUACCCCGCUUUUGGACCUUUUAACAAGAGAAAAAAACCAACUGGAAGCCCAGCUGCGGUCAUCACUAAAUGAGGAGAGACAGUCCAAACAGCAGCUGGAAACGGUCGGCUCACUGACGGACAGUUUACUGAACGGGUUUGUGAAGGACACCGUCAAUCAACUACAGCAAAUCAAGAAGGCCAGGAAUGAGAAGAUCCAGCUGAGCAACCAGGAGCUGCUUGAGGAUGACCAGCAGGAAGUGCCACCCCCAGGCCUGUCCCAGAGUCCGGAGCAGCAGUCCCCACGUGUCCCAGGUGGUCUCUUAAGGUCUGAACUGGAAGACGAAAAAGAAGAGAUUUCCUCUCCAGAUAUGUGCCCCCGACCGGAGAGCCCAGUGUUUGGUGCCAGCGGGCAGGAGGAGCUUGCCAAGAGACUCGCUGAGCUGGAGAUCAGCCGUGAGUUCCUGAGUGCUCUAGGAGAUGACCAAGACUGGUUUGAUGAAGACUUUGGUUUGAGUUCUUCCCACAAGAUUCAAAAAAAUAAGGCAGAAGAAACGAUUGUGCCUCUCAUGGCAGAACCUAAAAGAGUACCCCAAAAGCCAUGUGAAACAGUAUUGGCCGUCCCACAUACUGCAGAGGAAGUAGAAACUCUUGUACAUGAUGCAGCAGAAGAGCUCUGGAAGUGGAAAGAACUAGGCCGUGACCUCCACAGCGUCAGUAUUCCUACAAAACUGCUUGGCUGUGCCAGUAAGGGGCCAGAUGUGGAAAGCACUAGUAAAAGGGUCUACAAACAGGUGGUUUUUGAUUUAACAAAAGAGAUUUUUGAGGAAAUAUUUGCUGAGGAUCCCAACUUGAAUCAGCCUGUCUGGAUGAAGCCAUGCAGGAUCAACUCAAGCUAUUUCCGACGAGUGAAAAAUCCCAACAACCUUGAUGAAAUUAAGAACUUCAUAGCAACCGAAGUACUAAAGUUAUUCAGUCUUAAAAAGGAGCCAAACAACAAAACAGACUGGCAGAAAAUGAUGAAAUUUGGAAGAAAGAAGAGAGAUCGAGUGGAUCAUAUCUUGGUCCAGGAGCUGCAUGAGGAAGAGGCACAGUGGGUGAACUACGAUGAGGAUGAGCUGUGUGUGAAGAUGCAGCUGGCUGAUGGGAUCUUUGAAACCUUGAUCAAAGAUACUAUCGAUGUGCUGAACCACAUCAGUGAGAAACAGGGGCGAAUGCUGCUUGUGUGACAUCUUGCAAAUAAAUCGAACACUGAGUGCUAACGUGAGUCCCGGGCCUUUCUGCCUCCUGAUACCCCACCUCCAUCCUAGCAAGAGUGCUUCCGGACCUUGUACCUGUCCCUGAGGACUACUGGCUUGGCGUUCACGGGACAGUGCGGUGGAGCAGGUAGUGCAGCCUUUGCCUUUAGAGACUGUCCACUGCACUGGUUGGUUCUUUCUAGUGGGCAGGGUCGCACGCCUGGUGUGGAGGUGCAGUGUAGUCCUACGCCUCUCGUUGGCACCCGUCCCAGGUCUCCAACGAGGGCUGACGCCCUGUGUGCUGACGCUAGAGGAUCACUUGAGUCUGAAGCCAGGCCAGAGAGACGCGUGGAUAAAUGCAUCUUAGAAUCCUGGUCUCUACCAUGGAAGUGCUAAAUGGACAUAGAGGUUUUAAACAGUAUUAAACCCUUAAUCACUUCUAAAAUAGGCAAGUUCAAUAAUGGGUGCCUAUUUCCCAUUCUGGAGUUUAUUUCUUUUCUUUCUGAAGAGCAUUUUCUCAUUAUUACGGAUGAGCAGCACCAAGUGGACUGAGACAUUAACGGAAACAAGCGGCAGCCUUGCUCUCUGAGCGCCAGCUAAGGACUUCUCAAGCCUUUGUGCCGUGUUUCGUUUCCUCUGGGCACGGAAUCAGGAAUGCCCCCACGGAGACUGGCUCCAGGACGGUGGCAGGGCUGGCUCUCCUCGCCCAGCGUCGCACCCCUGCACUUUCCCGACUCGUGCUGAGCCUCUGCCAGCUGCCCCACAAUCACAGCUACUCAGGACCAUCUCAGGCAUCCAGGCAUGGCAAAAGUGGAAGCAAUUCAUUUUGGCCUUCAAACCUUCAACUCCCAUCUCUCCCCGAGAAGUCAGAGAUGCUGUUACUUGAAUGAUUUAGGAAACGCGUGUGUGCACCAAAGACAAAAAGAUAUUGUCUAUUGUUUGUUGUGCUUGUUUUGCGCUAUGGAACCUUAUUUUAAUUUAUUUUAAGGUAAAUUAUUAAGCUGAAAAUGUGUGUCGCUAUUCAGAAGUGAAAGAUUCUUCUUGUAAUAGUGAAAUUUCUGUCUUGAAACUUCUAUGGUUCAUAGUCUUUGCACAGGAAACCUACAGUUCUAACAAACCCGUACACAUCUCGAAGAAGUCCGUUGCAUUCAGUGAAAAGGAGAUGCGAAUUCCGAGAGCACCUGCGGCAGCAGGUAUGGUAUAACAGGAUUUAAGAGACUUACAAUUUGAUGCCUCUCUUGCAGAUUUGCUUUCACAACUAUUACCUGUAUCUGAAAAAAAAUAUCUAAGACUCCAGCUGCUACAUUAGAGCAUGAAGAUGCUCUCCCAGGACCUCAGCACGCUGCCUUCCUGACGGUUUCCCCUGUCAGUCCUUUCUCUCUUCACGGAGUCUAGAAGAAUGUGGAUAAUCUUAGGCGUGAAUGCAAAUGCCUUAAUACUGGCGGUCCUGACUAGAAGCAUGAUACAAGACAUCCACUGGACGCGUAUUUCCAAACACCCUGGAAUGCUACAGCUUGGAGACGUGGUAGACAGACCCCAAAGACGGGGUCACCUCCAGUGCGCACACUUCGUUUCUGCCAUCUUCCCUCCAGACUUGCCUUUGCCUCUCAAAUGUCUCACUAUGCACACCUCCAUCCCUCUUUGAUUUCAUCUUGUCAUUAUGAGACACUUACUGAAGUAAUCAUUGGAAUAUUUGCAUUUUGCACAGUGACUGGUGUGAUAGCUCUUGACUAGUACGGAAAGCACUGACAUGUUGUGACUGGGUCUCGGGAGACGCUGAUUAGUGUGUUACCAGCAUUUCUUCUGGGCUUUUCACGUUGCGCAGUAGUCUUGUAGCCAUAAAAAGCAAGUUGACUGAGAGAAGCGAAGUUUCCUUAGGGUUGUUGACCAGUAGUAUGGAAAUACCGUUUUCACGUGGCCGAGGAGAAGCAAAGGCCUUGUGUUCCAUUUGGUAUUUGGAACACAGGAAAACAUCUUGUCUACAUGCUUUCGCCAUUAGUAGGACCACACUGUCCUUGUGAUACUGAAACUUUACAGCUGCUGUAAAUUUUUUAUACAUUAAUAACAAAAUACUACAACAGGAACAUGGGUUGUUUUUCUACGUCUUCAUUAUUUGGACCUAAAGUCAAUUUUUAAUUUUAAACAAGUUCAUGACGUGAUUCCAGAAAAGGAAAAAACAGAACGAUAUUAAGUGCGUGGAAUCAGCAGUGUGGAGUUAGAGCUCCCCUGAGCAGUGCUGCCAGGGCGUGGCCGCGGCCGCCCUGGCCCACCCCUGCUGCCAUUACUGCUGAGACGCGAAACCAGGCUGCCUCUUGGCUAGAAAUGAUUAUCCGUACUUUGGAAGCAAAUCAACGAAAGAAUCGAUAGAUUUUAUUAUUGUAACUAUUUGGAUCUAAUUGAAGUGGAUCUACUGUUAGGAUUAGGAAUGACACAUGUUCCUUAGUGGGAUCUUUUUAAUCAAGCUCUGCCUCUUACCCGAGAACCCGACGGUUCCCUUUUCUGAUCUUUGUUUCUCCUCCCCACACCCCCACCCUCUUUCAGUCUGUCUUCGUAAUUCCUCUAAGAAGAUCUUUGCAUCAGCAGUAAUACCUUUUAGAAUAGCACUAUCAGAAUUUAGUAGUAAACCAACGUAUAGACUUCAGAGUCCUUUCUGAGUCCAAAACAGUUUGUGCUGUCCAGGGUGCUUAACUCUGGGUUCAGUAAGUACAGGGUAUAGAUUCCCUCUUCAGGUCUAAACAGGAAUUUUUACUCUAGGGAAAGUGGGGCGAGCUCAGCAGUAGUUAAUACGGAAGGUAAUUGGUUUUUCUUUUACCUAAAAGAAAAGAGAAUUCCUCCUGUGACUGCAGCUCUCUGAGAAAGUACCUUUCAGAAGAGAUUUCAUCGCUCAUAAGAGUGUUGUGGCCUAUUGAUAAAAACAAUUUUGUUCACUUUCUUGUCUUGAAAAAAAGUGGCCUUAGCUUUUUGCAAUACUUGAAUAAAGUGUGUACUCGCAAAGGAAUUUCUGUAGCACAGCAUCAGAGACUCAUAACUUUUCUGCAAGAAAUUCAGACUUACAUCUUCCUUUUACUACCUUAACAAUACUAGUGAAUAACACAUUAACUCAAAGCAAAUGAUAGCAACUACAAUGAUGUUUAAUGCAAAUUGUAGGGAUUACAUGUUUACAAAUCAUCUUAAACUGGUUGUGCAGCAAUUCAAUAAAAUAUCUUUGUAUUAUAAAAAUGUGAAGAAACAAUUGUAAACUGAUGUAAAGGAGGUUCUGUCAUUUUAAUUAACCUCUGUGUGACAGCUUUUCCUUUUGGACUUUGCAAAGCCUUCUUGGUAACACAUUGCAAAGCGUUCUCUGGGGGGCCUGGCCUCCUCGCGUGUACUGUACUGUGCAGACAUGAAAAAACAAACCCGUUUACUGUGUGCGUGUAAAUAGCCUGGGCAUCAGGCCGUUUUCAGCCAACAGUCACACCCAGUGCAGCCAUGCACAGCAGACUCAAGGGUGUGGCGUGUAAGUAUGAUCUGUAAAAUAACCGGGAUGCAUCCCCAUGUACACCUGUGUACAUAGAUUUGUUAACUAAAAUGUACUUUAAGAAAGGGUAAAAUCUGUAAAUAAACUGAUUUAUAAAUUAA